CGACGAUGCACUUCCGGGGCGGUGGCCGGGGCGGUAAGAUGGCGGCGCCCAUGGAGGUGGCCGUGUGUACGGACUCGACGGCACAGCUGUGGACCUGCGUCGUGUGGGAACUGCAUUCGGGUGCCAACUUGCUCACCUACCGCGGCGGCCAAGCUGGGCCCCGCGGCCUCGCGCUGCUCAAUGGCGAGUACUUGCUGGUGGCGCAGCUGGGCAAGAACUACAUCAGUGUCUGGGAGCUGCAGCGGAAGGACCAGCUCCAGCAAAAGAUCAUGUGCCCUGGGCCUGUCACCUGUGUGACCACGGCACCCAAUGGCCUGUACGUCCUGGCGGGAAUUGGAGAAAACAUAUACCUGUGGGAGGUCUCCACUGGGAACCUCCUGGUCAUCCUGAGCCGCCACUACCAGGACGUCUCCUGCCUGAAAUUCACAGGCGAUAGCAGCCACUUCGUCUCAGGGAGCAAGGACUGCCUGGUGCUGGCCUGGAGCCUCUGGAGCGUGCUGCAGGUGGACCCCUCCAGGAUCCCGGCCCCCCGGCACGUGUGGUCCCAUCACACGCUCCCUGUCACUGACGUGCACUGCGGCUUCGGGGGUCCUCUGGCCCGGGUGGCCACGGCCUCACUGGACCAGACAGUGAAGCUGUGGGAGAUCUCCUCGGGCGAGCUGCUGCUCUCUGUCCUGUUUGAUGUGGGCAUCAUGGCCGUGACCAUGGACCUGGCCGAGCACCACAUGUUCUGUGGGGGCAGCGACGGCUCCGUCUUCCAGGUGGACCUCUGCACCCGGCCUCCACAGCCUGUACAGAGGGAGCGGAGCUUCCAGCCCGAGCAGGACCCUGGCAAGGUCUUCAGAGGCCACAGGAACCAGGUGACCUGCCUGUCGGUGUCCACGGACGGCAGCGUGCUGCUCUCCGGCUCCCAUGACGAGACUGUGCGCCUGUGGGACGUGCAGAGCAAGCAGUGCAUCCGGACGGUGACCCUUAAAGGCCCAGUGACCAACGCAGCCAUCAUGCUGGCGCCCAUCAGCAUGCUGAGCUCCGACUUCAGGCCCAGCCUGCCGCUGCCCCACUUCAACAAGCACCUGCUGGGGGCCGAGCAUGGGGACGAGCCGCGCUGCGGGGCCCUCACCCUGCGCCUGGGCCUCCACCAGCAGGGCUCGGAGCCCAGCUACCUGGGGCGGCUGGAGCACCUGCAGGCCGUGAUGAGCAGCACCCUUGAGAAGAGCAGCCAGGACCAGCUGCGGGUGCGUGUGAGCGAGCUGGAGGACGAGGUGCGCAACCUGCGCAAGAUCAACCGGGACCUCUUCGACUUCUCCACGCACAUCAUCACCAGGCCAGCCAAGUGAGGGGUGCAGCCGCCCCAGGCCGGACGCCCGCCAAGGGGCAGAAUGCGCCCUGGGAGGAGCCCCCGCCGCCCGCCCCAGGGAGCCCCGGCCAGCCUCUCCAGACUGUGGGCUGGCGGUCAGGGCGCCCCAGUUUUGUGUUUGUAGACUUUACCCCUUAUGUCUGGCCUCUUCUGGCCCAGUGGUAUGUGUUCGUCUGUCCACUUGGUGCUAUUCGGUUUUUAACAAAAGAUGGUCUGGAAAGGCCUCCCCUUGCCUCCCGGUGUUGGGGACCCCUGCAGGUUGGGGGGACCCCAUCCAAAGUCGCCCUAACAGGGCAGGUGUCAAGAGUGUGGGUCUGGCCUCCCCACUGGCCAGAGGGGCUUGGGUGUCCCGAUGAUUUUCCGAGGGCCCAGGCCGCAGAGGGAGCUGGCAGUGUGGUGAGGGGGCACCGUGGGAGUUAGCGUGGGGUCCUCUGGCCACCCUGGGGUGUGGCUGGCACCCUGCAGCAGAGGCUCCCCAGGGCCAGGUCCCCUCACUGAUACGUGGGGGCGUGGUGGGGUCACCCAGAGGGUACCGUGGGGCAGGAGUGACAGCCUGGGUCAGGGCUGCGGCUGCUAGGAGCGUCCCCCAGGCCAGGUCCCUGUGAAGGACAGACGUGCCCUCCAGCCACCUGGCGAGGAUACACCUCUUGGCACCACGGGCCUAAGGGAGGCUCGGUCCCCGAUGUUCUGGGGACACUGCCAGCCAGAGCUGGAGCACAGCCCAGACACCGUUGGAACCUUCCAGAGCACCUCUCCAGCCGCCAGCCCUGGUUAAUGGCCCAGGAGCGCCGUGUGAUUUAGCAGUGCUGUCAUCUCUGCACCACAAGCAGAGCCAGCCCUGAGUUUGCGCUUUUGGGCAAUGGCACCUCCAUCACCACCUCUUCCCCUCUCCAGGCUGUGUGUACCCUGCGGUCCCCAUGAUCCCUAGAGCCCAGUGCACAGUGGGGUCCUGGUGGGGGCCUUAGGCCCCUCCCAGAGUACUGCCUCAGUUUCCCCACCUGUGGGCUGAGCCUAGUCCUCAUCCUAAAGCUGUAGAACACAGGGGCUGUCAGGUGGGUUUGCGCAGCUGCCUGGGCACUGGCCCUGCUGCCUGGAACCUCCUUUGUGGGGAGGCAGCAGCAGUUCACAGGGGUCCACGUCCCUCCCUGCCCCCAGAGGUCCCCACAGCUAAAGGCACCAGCCAUCAGCCUGGGCCUGAAGCUCCCUCCCCGCCCCACCCCCUGCUGGUUGCAGUAGGACAGCCAGCCCAGCAGGACACCAGACCCCGGGAGCACUCCGGGACAGUUGGCAUUGACAUGCAGACGGCUUCCCAGGCCCACACCCACCCUGCCCUGCUGGUCACUGCGCUGAGGUCAGCAGGAGAGUUCCCGCAGCACAAGCCAGCCUGAGGCCCUUUGGAAUCCAGGCUCGGUCCAACAAGAAAGGACAGUUCUUCAAAGCCGGAGUGAGGUGGAAGGGUCACCCUAUGAACUGCACAGGGAGACCUUGGGUUUAUCCUGUGUGCAGUUAGAGGUGGAUGAGAACCAGGGGACAGUGAGUCCAUCCCUGAGCCCCCAGGGAGGCCCACCAGAUGAAGGCAGUUUCUGGGACCGCCACUGUCCCCAGGAUGCCAGUCCUCAUGCACCUUGGUGGCUAUUUUCUGAAAGGUGGAAAGUCACAGGCAUUGGUGAGGCUGUGGAGAAGCCAAAUCCUUAGUUAGUGCCGGGGAGAACAUGAAAUGGGGUGGCCAGUGUGGAAAGGGGUCCUGCAACUCCCCAAACUAAAAAACUGGGCGCAGUGGCUCACACCUGUCAUCCCAACACUCUGGGAGGCUGAGGCAGGAGGAUCACAAUUUAGAGCCUGCCUGGGCAGUUUAGCCAUUUAGCGAGAACUUGUCUUACAAUUCUUAAUUUUUUUAAAAAGGCUGGGCCCUGGGUUUAAAUGGGGGCAUCACAAAUAAAGGCAAAGUCUUCUGUGUAAGUUACUGUAAUAAAAACUUCACAGCCUUA